CGAUGCGCGAGCAAAAGCUCGCGGCAGCAAAAAAGAAGCUGGCAAAAUACCAGAAGCAACGAGCUGCUGGCCUCCCACGGUCCACGAGUGCUACGCCGAGCGAAACGGCUGGGUCGCCACCCGACUCGAGAGUUGUGUCUCCGGAAAGCUCAGUGGAGAAUUUACAUGCGGAUGCUGGCGGCCGGCCGCGAACAGGAAGUAUGUUAUCCACGAGCAGUAUCGCAGCUGAUGAGAGGUCAGCGUCGCCACUGGGAACCCUCACAGGUCUGCGAAACCGAACGGAUCCACCCAGAUCUGGCUCGCCUGUGCCCACAUUUCCUCCCAAUGUACAAAGAAUAGCUACACCACCUCCACCCGCCGAGCCAGACCUGAUACAGCGAGUAAGGGAGCUUGCUUCAGACAAUCAACAUUUGGCGAGACGCAUGCGGGAGCUUUCCAACGAGAAUCGGGAGCUCAAGGAGAAGAUGAAACAAUUCGAGGUGCAUGGUGUUCCACAGGAGAAAGCGGAAGUCGCAGCGGAUAUGGACGGGCGGAUUGCGGAACUGACAGCGCACCUCGAAGAAGCUCGCAGUGCUGCAACAGAAGCAGAAGCUGAGCGUACCGAGCUUAGUCGGGAGCUUCAGCAACUGCGAACCAGAUUGGAUGAAACGGACACACUGGCACAGCAGCUGGAAGCGCUGAAGGAGGAAAACGAAAAUCUGCGACAAGGGCGCACGGAGCAACAACAACAUUCAGAUGAAGCACUGGAGAUGAUACAGCAGAUGCGGGAGGAUGCGGAGAUAUUUAGAAAGGAGAAGCUUGCGGGCGAGAGUAAGAUAAAGCAAUUGGAGUUGGAGCUUUCUCAGCUGCAAUCGGCAGAAGUACCCGGAUCUGUAGAUCAUGACAGCGCCCAGUUGAAUGCCGAUCUAGAGAUGACAAGAAGUCAACUGGAUAGUGCACAAAAUACUAUUCAGCAGCAAGCAACAGAGUUGGAGGAAGUACGGGGCGAGCUGGAACGGAUGCAGGCGGUGGCUGGGCAGGGAGCAGCCACGUCGUCCGAAGAACAAACGGGAGUGAUCGAAGACUUGCGCAAUCAGCUUGCAAAUGCCAAAGAAACUACCAAGGAGCAAGCGUCCGAAAUUACGGAAAUCAGGCAGCAGCUGGCUGUGUUAGAGAAAGCGCAUGGCGACCUUGCUACGGAGAACGAGCUGUUAGCAAGCAAAGCUGCCACAGCGGCGUCUAGUGGGCCCUCCACAGUGCCCGAUGCUGAUCUGGUUUUAGAACGAGACGAAUUGACUUCUCAGGUGCAAAAGCUGAAGGAGGAGCUGCAGGCCAUCACUGAAGAGUACGAGCAAUGCAAGGCAGAGGUCACUACAUUACGCGACGAAAAUGCGACAUUGAUGGCAGACCGUGACGCCCACGCAUCGCAAAUGGAAGAGCUGAGUAGCACACAGGGCGAGCUACAGAUGCAAGUUCAGACACUGGCUCAAGACAAUGAAGCAAUACGACGGCAACACGUCACGGUCGUAGGAAACAUGCGGAAGCUGCUAGAGGAUAUGAGCGGGCGCAGCGCUGCUGCGACACGAGAAAAGGAAGCGAUGACAAUACGAGUACGUGAGUUGGAGGAGGAGGUGAAACGUGUGCGGAACGAGUACCCCACAUUGCUCUCGGCCAAUGCUGAGGCUGAAAGUAAACUCCAACAGUUGGAAUCAGACGUAGAAUAUUUACGCACGGAACGUGAGCAGCUCCUUACUGAAAUGGACCUGAUGAAGGAAAACAUCAAGGAACGGGAGUUGAGAGCAGCAGAAGAUACCAACACACUCGUGGAAACCAUGCGAGAUUUAACUGAUCAAGUGGCGGAUCUGAAAAAGCAGAUUACUCAGCUGACCAAAGAAAAGGCCGACGCGGUGUUGGAAAAGGAUGCCUUGGAACGGAAGGUUGAAGAAUUAUCUAGCGUGGACGCGACCCAUAAGGAGGAGUUGCACCGAUCGCAGUCGAUGAUGAUGGAUGAGUUGAACGAGCGGCAAGCUUUGAUCUCUGAUUUACAAUCGCAGCUCGAUGUGGUUCGGAAUGACGCUACUGCCGAAUUGGCCGAAAAGGCCAGACAGCUCCAGGAAGUCUCUGCACAGUUGGAAGAUCUUCGAAUCCGCUCAGCCAGUGAAUCUACCGCAAAAGACAACGACAUCAAAUCCUUGAACCAGAAGCUUCAGGAGCAUGCGGCGAAAGAAGAGCAAUUGGCUGCUUCUGCGGAAGAGUUGACUGUUGAAGUCCAUUCAUUGCAACAACAACUUGCGGAGGAGAUUCAGAAAAGAGAAUCAACGGAGGACCGUGUGCGCUUGUUGGAGGCGGAGCUUCAGGCACGAGAGGAACUUAUUGCGUCCAUUACCCGCGAAAGAAGCCUUGAAAUUGAAGGGGUACUUGAUCAGCGGGACCAAUCCAUCAAAGAGUUGAUGGAAGCGCAGGAACAACUAGCUUCCGUCGUAGCUGCAAGAGCUGAACUCGAACAGUUACUUGAAGGCAUGCAACCAGAAAAAAUUGCGCGCGAAAGAGAGAUUGCAACGCUAACAGCUCAGAAAGAAGCCUUGGUUCUCAAACUUCGUGAGUUCGCCACGGAGAAAGACAAUGCUGCACGACAGGUUACGGAGCUGAGUGCCGGUCUAGCGGAUGCUGAAGCGGCGUUAGAUAUGUUGAACGAGGAAAAAGAGAUGCUCCAGAUGGCUAUGGCAGAAGCCGAUAGGGUGUUGCGAGCCCAACUUGCUGAGGCGAACGAGCGGUAUAAUCAUUUAGUAUCUGAAGGCGGGGACAAGGCGAAGGAACUGAAAAAGGAGCUCGAUAUAGUUACUGAAGAGAGAGACCGCAGGCUAGCGGAAGUCAACGAACUUGUCGCCGAACGGGAUGGCCUGCACGAUCGAAUAGCUAGAAUAAUGGAGAAGUUUGAUGGAAGGACAGAAGAAAUCGAGCGUCUGCACCAAGAACGCGACGCAGCGCUGCAGGAGCGCGAGCGGAUGGCAGCAGAAUGUGACGAGCUGCAGGCUCAGAUUGAGCUUGUGGAAGUAGAAAGAAAACGAGUUCAUACCGCCAUGGAGGAGGGCGUUGUCAAAAUGACAGAGUUAGAAGCCCGUGUGAUGACACUGGAAGAGGAAAAGGGAGCAUUGCGCGAGGAAGUUGAUAUUCGUGAAGAGGAACGGGCUGCUUUGAUUAGAGAAUUAGAUUCUUUGAAGGAGACCGUGGAUACUUUCCGGCAGAGGAAGGAUGAGGAAGAGAAAGAGCGUUCGGUGUGGAAACAAAGAAUCGAAGAGGUCAAUGCCAGAGUAGGAGAAAUAAGCGAAGAGAAUGAGCGCUUGCUACAAUCCCUUAAUGCAAGGGAAACGCAUAUCGCCUAUCUACAAGAGGAAUUGGAGCGAGAGCAGCUUUCUGUUGCUGAGAUAUCACAAAAGUUGACAGAUCUGGAAACCGCAUCAAACGAGCAAGUUGCCGCGCGGCAAGAACUUGAAACUGUCUCAGAGAUUAUCCGGAAGGAACGGGAAGAUGCGCUUGAGAAGGUUGCUGCCCUUGAACAAAUGAUACCUGAGCUGGAAGCGCAAAUGGAGCAGGAACGUGGGGUAUUAUCCGCCGCACAAAAAGAAGCUGAGCAGCGGCAUGCUGUCGCGCAGUCAUCAUUAGAGGAUGUAGGCGCCCAAGUUUUGAGAAUCACCCAAGAGCGCGAAACGUUGGCAUCUGAGCGGGAUGUGCUGGAAGCACGAACACAGGAACUGCAGGCGCAAGUGACUGCUCUGGAAGAGGAGCGGCAUUCACUUAUGGAAGAGCGCGAUCGAAGUACUGCCAUCGUACAGACCCUUCAAGGGCAGCUGGUCGAAAUGGAAGAAACAAUCUCAAUGCUAGAAGAGGACUACGAAAGCAGGCUCGAUGAACGAGGCAAAGUGCUAAUUGACUUGCAGACGACCAAAGAUGAAUUUGCGCACCGUAAUACUGUAUUGGAAGCUGAAAUCGAGCUUCUGACGAAGAGUACGGAGCAAAAUGGUCGCCUGCUAGAGGAAGAGAGGGCCCUUGUACAGGAACUUCAGAAGGCCUUGGAGGAUUUGCAGACUAGUUUUGAGGAAAUACGAACUAGAAUGGGUGAACAGAAGAAUGCGCAUGAAGAGGAGAAAUCCGCUAUGAUCAAGAGCUUCGCUGAGCGGGAUGAAGAGGAGAAACUGAAGCUACAAGAUAUCGUUAAUGUGAUGAAGGGGGUCGUUGGGGCUGUGGGUGGAGGUGAGCAAUCACCAGUUGAUUGGGAGUCGACGCCAGAAGGCUCUCUAGACGAGCUGACUGCAAGCCGAACGCGUCUCUUGGUGCGCAUCAACGAUUUGGCUCGGAAGAUGCGAGACAUGGUCGAGAUGCAAAGCUUGUCUCUCGCAUCAGCUGGGGAAGUAGAGCAACGGCUGCACCAGAUACGCGCCGAACAUGAUGCGGUCUCGCAAGCAAAGACCAAGCUGGAGCAGCGGGUUAAGAAAUUGGAGGGGGUGGAAACAGAGCUGCGAGGACAGCUCGAUGAGGCCAUCGAGUUGUCUGCCUCACGCGAAGAAGAGUCACGACAAUUACGGGCGACUGUUGAUGCACUUGAACGCGAGAAGGAGGUCAUGGAGAAGAGCCAUAAUGCGCUGGUUCAACAAAGCCGGGAUGAGGCUGCUCGACUCGUUACCGAGUUGGAGAAUGCGCGACAAGAAGUUCAGCGCGUCAGCAAAGAGCUAUAUGAGGCUACUCAGGCCCACAGCCUAGACUCGAGCCUCCCCGAUGCGCUGGAGAAGCUGCGGGAAGAGCAGGACCGGUCGAGUGCCUUGGCCAUGGAGCUGGCCGAUGUGAAACUCAAGUUGGAGGGCAAGGAACGCGCCUUGGAGGUGCUCAAACGUGAUUUGCAAAGAGUGUCCGAGAGCCAGAUGUCAGAUACCAGUGCAACGUCGCCUGUGAGCCAUGACACACUGCACUCCAAAGAUUUAUCUCAGCCGCCCGUGACAGCAGCAACCGUCGACCAAUUGCGACAUCGUGUAACGAUGCUGACUGAGGAGAGAGACCUAAUGAGAAGUGAAGUACGGGAAAAAACGCGGAUGAUUGAUGAGCUACAUGUCAGAACGAGUACCUUAGAAGCUGACGUCCAGAGCUUGGAGAGAGCUCUUGGAGAAGCGGAUGAAGUACUACGAGAAAACGAGAUUGAAUUACGAAGGAACAAUUUGGUACUGGAAGAGCUAGACGACAAGCGGGCACUCGUGGUCAAACUGGAAGAGGAAAUCACUGCCCUUCAAAGUAGGGUAUUGCAAUUGGAAGACGCCGCAAUAGCACGGGACGAGCUCAAGAAAGAAGUUGAUGGUCUGCGCGAGAUGGUGGAAGCCAAGUCUGCUCAGAUUCGACACAUGGCGGCAGAUUUUGACGCCCGAUUGGCAGAGGAAAAGGCUCUUUAUUUGCGGAGUAACCGCGAUGGGCACACUACUGAUACAUAUGAGGCUGACGACGAAGAGGAUGGGUUAGCGGCUCGUGGGGGCCGUGUUAGGCGUCCUGCGAAGCGUACACCAUCCGGGAACGUGGCCACAAGCUCUAUCGCGGACAUGCGAAGCCUAGUCUCUCACGUGGUUGGUGUUGUCGGAGACUAUCAGUCGGCGGUUGCUGCACUGGUAGCUAGGAAAGAUGGAUUUUUGGAUCUAUUGCGCAGCACGACAGUGGGCGGCUAUGAGCGCCUGCCAAAGCGGAUUUUGGACGAUCUAAAUAUUUUGAUUACAAAGCUGCAUGAUGUCGAGGAUCAGCAUGUCAUUCUUGGAAAGGAACUCAGUUCCGUGGGGGCAUUAAUUGACACGACAGCAAAAGGUGGAUUAGGACGUCCUGUCUCUGACCAUGAAGGGAAUUAUCACCUUACGCCUGGCGAGUAUGCCGAUUUGUACGAAAAGGCAGCAGCAGCCGAGCAGUACCAGCGGCAAUUGGAGAACUCACACGCAUUGCUCAAGGACCAUGCCAUGCAAACACAAGUCUUGAAGGAUGCUCUCCAAUCCAUGACGCAAGAAUCAACGUCUACGCAACGGCAGAACGGAAAUGAAAAGGUGCUCCAGCGACAGUUGGACGAGCUUCGAAGAGUGUGGACACAUGAACUGGAAGCGAAUACCGCAUUACGUGAGUUGAUCACCCGAACGCAGCGGGAUGCUAUGCAUGCACAAGAUAAAGCUCGAGCAGCUCAGGCUCGUAUGCGAGAAGAAUUUGAUGAGCUUGUGGAUUUAUUGGAUGCCGCUACAAAGGAUGCGGAAAUGGCUCGAAGUGAUGUCAAACUACUGGAAGAUAAGCUGAACAAUCAGUUUUUCGAGCAUCAAGAGGCAGCUAGUGCACAAGAAGAGAUGCACACUGCUGAGCGCAAGGCACUUGAAGGACUUGUGGACGCUUUGGAAAGAGAGCGAGAUCGCAUUGUGGAUGAUUUCCGUCGUGUCAAGGAACGACUGGAAGAAAAAAUCUUGCAAGGUGAAACUCAAAUACGACAUUUGGAAGAGGUUUCACUUGAGAAGGAUGACCGAAUCAGACGGCUUGAUGGACGUGUUCAGCAUUUGGAAGACGCACGGCGUAGUGCUGAAAUUCAAGUGUUGCGGCUCGAAAAGGAGCGAGGGCGUCUAGUCGACCGUCGGCAUCCUUCUGAUGCGAAAACCCAGUCGCCAAGCGAUGCGGGAGAUGAAGGCUUACGAGAUGAGGUGGGCUUGUUGCAAAAGGAAUUGAAAAAGAUCAGGCAGAGUAGUCGGGAGAUGAUGGUUGUGUUACGAGAGACGUUGAAGAACACCAUUGGGGAUGUAUCUGGGUCUGGGCAUGAUGUGAUGGCUGUUCUCGGGGAGAAUGAUGACAAAGUGGCCAAGGUGGACAUGUCUCGUAUUAAGGAACAGUGCCGUCAGCUCAUAUCCGAGGUUCUCUACCUCCGCGCACUGGUUGACAGGCUGUCGACCUGGCGAGCAGACCUCAAGUACCAGAAAUUGUAUCUCUCUUUAACUGUACAAAGUCACAGAGCGACAUUGGCAGGAGUGGGGCUUGAACCCUCUGGCGUCGGGUCCGACAAACCUGUUAUCAAGUUGAAGAGAUGUGUGGAUGUCGUGAGGAGUCUCAUUCGAAUGCGGAUACUAGCACGUAACUGGAAACAAGCCCUAUCCGAAAGCCAACAGCAUUUUUUCGCAGAACUCUGUGGUGACACGGAACCGAUUUUAUCACGUAGCGCGGUAGGCAGCUGGGAGAAUUUGUUGGACCUUGAACAGGAUGACCCACGUAUGAGGGAAUUGGAGGAGGAGGUGAUACGGCUUAAAGAUGCGAAAUUGGCUUUGGAGAAUGAGAAUGAGAGGUUAGCAAAAGCGGUGGCUUCUUUGCAUCAUUUGAGGGUGCGGGAGGGUGAGGAGGAGCGGGGGUGGGAGGUGGCCAGAGAGCCUGCUAGAGACUCUGGGAGGGAAAUGUUGAGGGAACGACGAAGUCUUCGGGACGCAUACACACGAGAAGACGAUCGCACCGAACGGGAUACGUACGAAGACCGGCAGCGGGUGUCGAGUUCAGGCCGGUAUUAUGGGGAGAGCACAAGUACAUAUUCCAAUGAGUCCACUGCGUACCGGGGAUCGAAUCGAUCUGGGCAGCUUUCACCGCGGUGGGCGCCAGUGUCCAGGGGUAUGAAUGGACGUUUGCAAGAGCGGAGGAGGGGUGGAGGAUAAGAGGUGCUACAUGUGUUUCUUUUUUUGUGAGUGUGGUGUGGAGGGUUUAUUAUUUUUUUGUAUUUUGAUAAUUUUUUUACAUGAGGUUUUGGUUGGGUAUUGGAAUUUUAUAAAAUGAUGGGCUCUAUGCUUUUUGGAUAAAGGACAACCGUCG